AGAUGGACGUGGAGCCGGACGUGCGGUUCGAGUUCGUCCUCGUCCUCAAGGGCGACCUGCGCGGCAUCCAGAGGCUGCCGGACUCCUUCGCCGACUACGUCGCCGGCGACGAUCGCCCGCGCAUGAUGCAUCUGCGGGAGGCUGCGUGCAGCUACUACCGGUGGAUCGUCGACGUGAUCUACGACGCGCGCGGCAAGAUGUACCUCAACAUCGGCUGGGAGAAGUUCGCGCGGCACCACAGCCUCCAAGCCGGCUUCAUCCUCCUGUUCUCCUACUUCGGCGACAGGGACAUGAGCGUCAAGGUCUUCGACGAGACGCGGUGCCGCCGGGACUACCACGGCGACAGCACCGACGAGGAGGACGACUGAGUGUUCUUUCUUCGCAGCGAACACGUGCACGGAGGUUUCUGGAUGUUCGCCUCAUCGGUAGAACCAACAAGGGCACCAUCCUCCCGCUGGAUUUUCCAGUUUAGGUGACUGGGUGUGCCCUCGAGUGUUCUUUCUUAGCAGCGAACACAGGAAACCUUCGAUGCACAGUCUAGUUAGGUUUAGUUUCUUUGCAAAAUUUUAUAUUUGUGUCCACGACGGUUCAAACUAUGUAUUAGUUUGUGGAAAACCAUGUGCCUAACUGUGUUUUCG